AUGUCCCUCGCCUGCAUUUCCGUCAGACCUUUGGUGAUCAGCCAUGUAUCCCAUUCAGAGAAGAGAAGAACAUUGCCUCCUAUGAGUGGUAAUCAUCCGAAGCUGGGCACACUCAGGCGAUGUACAUCAUUGGAAUGGGUCUAUGACACUGAUGCACCAUCUGAUGGCUCGAUCGACGAAGGCCGUUUGGUGAUUCGAGUUGGGGAUGAUGUCUCCAUAUUUCCACUUGAUGAACGUGCAGUACCGUCGAAUGACGGAAGCCUCCCUACGAUGUCAUAUUGGUAUGGUAAGGUUAUGGAGAUCUAUUGGACGGCAGCCAAAAGGAAUAAGACACAGGACGUGUGGCUUGACAUACAGUGGUACUACAGGCGGGUUGACUUGGAGGAUCAAGAUGUGGAGUAUGUUUUUCCGUCAUGGAGCUUCACAGAACCAUUGACAGUGUCUUCUUUAUCCAGCCUUGCAGCUUGCGUAGGUGACUAUGAACUUGUGUUGAGCGAUCACAAGUCUGUCGUGGAUAUGCAUUGCGUCGAAGAUAUUGUUCGGUAUGAUGAGGGCGAUCUAUCCCAACCUCAAAUACCGACUGCGACCCUAUACCACCGGUGGAAUAUAUCCAUGCAAUUCACAACGCGCAGGAAUCUAGAACUGCAGCAAGUAAAUAUCGAAGUCUUGUUGCCGGUGGUUCAACGAGGCAUGAUGAGUAGGAACACAAAGGCACGCCUGCCAUCUCCCUACAACGCCGUCAGAUUUGAUGAAGAGUUUCUCGCCCUUAUGACAACACCGAUUCGAAGGGGGGGACACUGUGGGGUAGUUGGAAAUGGUAUACUUGUCAUCCAGGUCAGAGCACUCAUGGAACAGGCUGUAAAGGUGGGUACACUUCCCGAUGGAUGGAUGGACGACCUUCGGCCCACAGUGCAGACAUCUCCUAACGAGAUUAUUCGACGAUACUCCUGCCCCACAUGCAAAGGGAUGAUGGUAUUCCUUGGCUUACAAAAUGUUAGAUACAAUGCUAUCUACUGUCGGUUUAGCGGCCCACAUCAAUGCUGA